UGCAUCAAGAGUGGAGCUUGGAGCAGCUUGGAGGGCCUGCGGACACUAUGAUGCAUUCUGUACAUACAGUAUCAAAUUAUUUAAAAUGACUGUGAAAAAAAACAGGAAUGAUUUUAGUAGUUCUGAAGAUGAAGAAUUACAAAAUGCAUUAAAAGAAGCGACAGAUCAUAAAUUGUUUGAAAAUACUAGUCUUUGCAAAAAGAAGUCUGAAACUUUUAAAAACACUUAUGAGCAAAAACAAAGUAAAAAUCCUGCUAAAAGCCUAAGAAAAAAUGUGGAGGAGAAACAGAAUGAAUUUUCAAAUUUUGGUGUGACUCCAACAUUUCAAAAUUAUGUUGCAAAGAAACUGAAUGAAAUACUACAGAACUCUGUUGAUGACAACAACAAAGUUGAAGAUGAUGUUAUAAAUGAGAAAGGAAAUGAUUUGGGUAUUAAAUUGCUUAAUUCCUCCAUUACAUAUAUAGUAACUGAAAAAGAAGUUGAAAAAUCUCAGAAAAGGAAAAUCGAAACCACCAUAGAUGAUGAAGAAAAUUAUAUAAAAUGCAAAGAGGUUGCUGUAGAUCCUGAAUGGAUAUUAUCAAAAGUAGAAACUAAAGCUUGGACAAAUAAACGAAAAGAACCUGAAUUCCAAUAUAAGAGACUGAAGAGUGGUAUUUUAGUGGAAAAAUCUUAGUUCUAGAUUAGCUUUUGCAUUUAUUCAUUUCAAACCUACUUGUAAAGCAUAAAAAUAAAUGAUUUUGUAUAUAAGACCCGAAA